AUAUCCGAAAUGACUGUCACUGUCAUGUUCAUGUCAUCUGCUGUCAACUGUCAUUCGUUUAUCGUAUAAAUGUCUAUGUAAUUUUACGUAUCUUUUAAAAAAAAACUGGUUUAAAAGUAAUAUAAUAAAAAUAAAUUACACUGUUUGGCUUUGUAAGUCAACAAACAAAGCAUUUAUAACACGAUCGCGGGUGUCGGCGUUCGUCUAGGUCCGACCGUGCACUGUUUACAAGUGUAGGAAGUAAUGCCGAGAUAAUAUCCCAUGAGAGUGUUCGAAGCCAAGCGCCGAAUUGUGCAGACAAAAUGACUCGCCCCGGUCCUCCGAGCGAUAAUCUUCCCACAGUGAAGUUGGUGGUGGUGGGGGAUGGUGGCGUGGGCAAGAGUGCCAUCACCAUCCAGUUCUUCCAGAAGCUGUUUGUGACGGACUACGACCCCACUAUUGAGGACUCCUACAUACAGCACACUGAAGUUGAUGGACAGUGGUGUAUAUUGGAUGUGCUGGACACGGCGGGGCAGGAGGAGUUCAGCGCGAUGCGGGAGCAGUACAUGCGCAAGGGGGACGGCUUCCUGCUCGUGUACUCCGUCACCGACGCGCAGAGCUACCAGAACAUUCGCCACUUCCACACGCAGAUCCUGCGCGUCAAGGACAGGGAGACGUACCCGAUGCUGGUGGCGGCCAACAAGGUGGACCUGGUGCACGCGCGCGCCGUCAGCGAGGAGGCGGGCCGCGAGCUGGCGCGCGCGCUCGCCGCGCCCUACAUCGAGACCAGCGCCAAGGAGCCGCCGCUCAACAUCGACGCCGCCUUCCAUGAGCUGGUGCGCAUCAUCCGCAAGCAUCCGCAGCAGGAGGAGAAGCAGCGCCGCCGCCGCCGCGGCCUCGGCCUCGGCCGCUGCGCCCUGCUCUGAGCUGCUCUGAGCUGAACUGAGCUGUCCUGCUAAACUAUUGCACAAUAUUUUUAAUUAAUUUCCACAGAAAAGGUCGGUAUUUAACACUAGUGAUUCGUCCCCAGGGUGGCAAAGAAUAAAUGGCAACUUUAUUCAUUAAAAAAAAAUUAACUCAUAGGACAAAGAAACUUUAAUCGCGAUUUCCUAAAAACAUACAUUUCAAGUAAUUCUUUUUAGGAAUAAAGGUAUAUGUCUUAUAUUCAUACACUUUUCGUUAAUGUAAGUUCUACGAGUCUCGGAGCCAUUUCGAUGCAAACGAUCAAAACUGUUCUUUUUAUAAUAUAGACCAAAAUCCCGCACAAAAUUAUUGAUUUAUUUAAAAAAAAUGAGUUUUAUUGUGUGUGGCACAGCGCGGCUUUGACAAGAAGUGUAUGUGUGUGUGAUGUUGGUGCGCGCCGAGAGAUGGCGCUGUCCCAAGCGCACUGACCACGACUUUAGUUUCAACUUUAAAAUCACUAAUAUUGCUGUAUUUGCACUUUAUGUUAUGUUUUAAGUAUUAUAUGUUUAUGUAUAAGUAAGCGUAAUGAAAAUAAUGUAAAUGAAGUGUUAUUGCUAAUUCAAAUCCCAUUUAGUGAAGUAUAAUUCGUAUUAUUUGUAAGGGACACCAAAAAAAAAACCAAAGAUUUUUAAAAACUCCAAAAAGAAAUUAAACGUCUUAAAGCCACGACGAUUUUAUCGUGUAGUUGAUAAGAAAAUGUAUGGAAUUGAAAUUAAAAUAAGAGUUGUGAGAACUCGCUCACUUAAUGUAUCGGAUACACUCAUUUUAAGACGAAACUACUUUUAAAAGCCAAGUACGUAGCAAAUUAUAAAAGCGUUACUUGACCAGGAAUAUAAAAAACUUCGUAGAAAUAUAGAACUAAUCUCUUUUUAAGCCAGGAUUUUUAUAUUCUUGCUAUUAAAUGUUUCAUGUUUCAGAAAAUAAUUCCUGCGACGAUUUGUUAAAACAAGAACCAAUUUUAGUUGGUAAAUAUAUCGCAGUUGCUCAUUGAUUUUGAAGACUCAAUGUCGAUAAAUGUUUAAAUUAGAAGAAUAUGUAGUUCUUGUAGCUUUAUUGUUAAAUAAAAUAAAGACAAUGACAAGUUGAAUGAAAUGUAAUAACUUGAACCUACAACAGUAGGUGUGACGUCUGUCUGUACGUGUGCUGCGGGCUGUCUGUCUGCCUAUUUUAUUGUAUUAUUUUUGAUACUGGGAGAUAUCUCUGAUUCUUUAUAUUUUACAAUUAAUGUCGUUUUACAACAGCGCCAUCUAUUAUUAAUAGCUAAAACGACAAUGUCAUGACAUGAGAAUGAUUUUAGGAUGUUUAGGUUAAAAAUAAAAUUGCUUCCACAUACCAAAGAUUUAAUUAUUUCUCGUUUUGUUUUACCUUACGUUGGAAAGACAGACAGAGCCGCGCGACUCGUCACUAGUUCACUAGCUGUAAGCGUAUGUAUUGUUGUACUUGUAUGUUUUAUAUGUUAAAACACAAUAAAAACUUGUGUCUA